AUGGCGUACAAAAAACGCCACGUUUCUGUGUUCACCAGCUUGUUGUUGUUACACGCAGCUUUACUGUCGGCGCAGCCUUUCCCCGUCGAGAAGAUCGCUGUUGGUGCAAUUUUCGACCAGAACACUGAAGAGAUCCAGAAUGUAUUCAAAUAUGCGAUGACAAUGCACAAUCAAAAUAUCAGCAGCCGAAGGUUGGAGCUGCAAGCCUAUGUAGAUGUCAUUAAUACGGCCGAUGCAUUCAAGCUUUCACGACUCAUUUGCAAUCAGUUCGCCCGCGGCGUGUUUGCGAUGCUCGGAGCGGUCACGCCCGAAUCCUUCGACACGCUGCAUUCGUACACUAACACUUUCCAGAUGCCAUUCGUCACGCCAUGGUUCCCUGAGAAGGUGAUCCCGCCCUCGUCAGGGCUGAUCGAUCAUGCGGUGAGCAUGCGGCCUCAUUACCACAAGGCUAUAGUCGACAUGAUCCUCUACUACGGAUGGAAAGAGAUCAUUUACAUGUACGACUCUCAUGACGAAGCAUGCCUCUAUGAUUAA